AUGGCUAACCCCAACACUCUGUCUCUCCAAUAUUGCAUCCACACCCACCCCCUCAACACCACCGGCGUAGCCACCGACGCCCAACCCAUGCAAUACGCCGAGCUCCGAUUAGCCUAUUCCAACCAAUUCGUCUCUCGAUCCUCCAACCAACUCCUCCAACAAACCCCCGAAACCCCAAUCUCCGAUACUCUCUUACCUCUGUUUCUCCGAGACCUUCAACACCCGCCGUUCCUUUCCCACUUCUUACUCCUUCAAUUUCUCUCUCCCUUCAACAUCUCCACCGCCACCUCCGACGCCAUUUUCGAUGACAUCGCCACAUUCGCCCUGGAAUUGGCCGCCGGCGACCACGAUCGGAACUUCCACAUUAUCGUCUAUCUCGAUUUAGUCCAGACGAUCUGGGUGGACCUGGACCUGGAAAUCCCUCGGAAACAAGAACCGGCGGCGGCGUGGGUGUUGGAGAGGGUGAUGAGGGAGGAAUUUGAUGGGUUUCGGGCGGAGGAGGCGGGAGAUUGCAGCGUUUGUUGCGAUGAGCUCCGUGGUGAAACGGAGGUGAGGCGACUCCCCUGCGGUCACGUCUUCCAUAAAUCCUGUAUCCUCAACUGGCUUCAACUCACUAAUUCCUGCCCUUUGUGCAGAGCAAAAUUAGAAUAA